CAGCCAACUUCAACCAAUUCAAAUAGUUAAUCUCAAUCAUGUCACCUUCUAUCUCUAUCCUAGUCUCUACCUUUCAUCCUUUCUCAACUAUCUCAUUCUCUUUACCUCAAUCUACUUCAAUCUCAAGCUUACCUCACAUCCUUAGUCCAAUCUUAUCAAUCGAUCAACAAUCAUUAUCAACUUCGUCUGGACGUUCUAUCAAUCCUUCUACUACUGGUCAACUUUUCGACUUGAAUUUAGGUCAAGAUGCUCGAUUCAUUCAACUUCGUUUGGUCCCUAAAGUUUUGGGUGGAAAGGGGGGUUUCGGUAGUCAAUUGCGAGCUGCUGGUGGUCGGAUGAGCUCUCAAAAGACUCAAAACAACGACUCAUGUCGAGAUUUGACAGGUAGAAGGCUUUCAACCAUCAAGGAAGCCAAAAAACUUGCCGCCGCGAUUGCAUCUGAACCCGAACGUCUAGCAGCUCAACGACGCGAAAACGAAGCCAAAUUAGUCGCUUUGAAUGAAGAAAUCGCUCGACUAGAUUCUCUUGUCAAUGGAACUGAUGAAGGCAAUGUACGCAAACGAAGAUUAAACGAUAGUAAAGAAUUAGAACAAUCAAAGGAAGGAAUUGAAAAAGUCAAGAGUGCGGUAGCUAUGGCGAUGUUAAAGAAGAAGAAGAAAGCUAAACUUGCAAUUGCUGGUUCAGGGAAGGAUCAGAAGAAAUCAAAUGAGUUAUCAGUAGUUGAAGAAGAUGAGGAAGUUCAAGCUGGAUCUUCUAAAGACCCAGUGGUCGUCUCUGAUCCUAUCUCUACAACCGAAGAAGUCGCUUCAAUCACAAUUGUCGAACCAAGUACCAUCGUCUCGAAUGCUGUGGAAGAACCUACUGUUGUCGCUCCCGAAGUUUCCAACAAUUCAACAGAACAAGCCACAAACAUACCGUCCGAGGUUGAUAUCACAAAUGACGUCUCGGCUAUCGGUGCUGCCACCAAGGAUCCUGUUACUACUGAAAAUGCCGAUGUCAGUACAAGUGAUAUUAAAGCUAGUAAACCUACACGAGCACCAAGGAAACCUCGUCAUAAAGCGUCUCGAAAGGCCUCCAAAUGAUAUCUGGUCAUCAUCUUAUUGUUUUGAAGUUCCAUGUAAUCUUAUCAUUCUUCACUUGUCUUUUUGCAGAUUUUUCUUUUCUCAACUUCAAUCCAAAUUCGUGUCAUACUCGUGUUGGAUACACUAAAUAGUACCACU